AUGUCCAUCGAUCUCAGUAACCCGCGUAGCCCAGCGGCCGCCAUCCACACCGAAGGAAACAAGCGUACUUUGGCUGCAGCCACUCAGCGACCCAGGAACUCCACACUACACCGCUUGACCCGGCGGCUUCUGAAGAAGUACAACAAGGGAGUGAGGCCUGUCAGAAAUUGGAGCAAGCCCACCAUUGUCUAUCUUGACCUCUUUGUGCAUGCAGUACUGGACGUGGAUGCUCAGAAUCAAAAACUGAGAACAAGCAUUUGGUAUCGGCAGAUCUGGAAGGAUGAGUAUCUCACUUGGAAUUCCAGUCGUUAUGAUGGGAUCCAAGAAAUCUCUUUGGCCAUUCACCGCAUCUGGGCUCCUGAUAUUAUUGUUGGUGAAUCUGUGGAUGCCAGCAAAUCCCCAGAUCUCCCAUUCGUUUACUUGAAUGCCAGUGGUGUGAUCAAGAAUUACAAACCCAUGCAGGUGGUGUCCGCAUGCAUCCUGGAAAUGUACACUUUCCCAUUUGACACACAGAACUGCACCCUGACUUUCAGCAGUGCUUUGCACACAGUUCAGGAUGUGGAUCUUGCUUUUUGGAGGAGAUAUGAGGAGAUCAAGAGUGACCAGAAGUUGUUUCUAAAUGAUGGAGAAUGGGAGUUGGUGUCUGUGCUCCCUGAGCGGCGUAUCCUGCAAACUCAGACUGGGAGCAUUGCUCAGAUUCAGUUUCAUAUUGUUAUCACCCGACGUCCCCUGCUCUACGUGGUCAGCUUGCUGAUUCCCAGCAUCUUUCUGCUCGUUGUGGACCUGGGUAGUUUCUACCUGCCCCCGAAUUCUGGAACAAGGAUAACAUUCAAAACCAGCGUGCUGGUUGGUUACACUCUCUUCAAAGUCAACAUGUCAGAUGAGCUGCCAAGCACUGGGAUCGGCACAUCUCUGAUCAGUGCCUUCUUCACCAUCUGCAUGGCUCUGCUGGUCCUCAGCCUAUCUAAAUCCAUCUUCCUCAUCAAAUUCCUCCACUUGGGUGAUGACUGCACACGGGAUAAGCCCUUUGCUUCUUACUGCUGCAGGAACGCUGUUGGCGCUGCGGGUGAAAACACCAAGGCAGCUAGGAGCACAGGAGAAAAAGCUGGCACUGCUGCAGGGAUACCCUUGGCUUGGGAAGGCUCAUCUGUAAAAGACCAUGCCACUGGGACAGCCACACCCCCAAUGGAGAAGAUCCGAAGAGAACUCCUCCCCAUCAGCUCCCACUUUCGUGCCCUAGGCAUUGCUGCCAAAGUGGACAGCGAUUGGCUCUCUCUUGCAAACAAGCUUGACAAACUCCUGUUCCGGGCCUAUCUUUUAGUGCUGGCUGUGUAUGCAGUCACAAUGGGUUCUCUCUGGGGGAUGUGGAGCUCCCAGUAG